GACAGAAAUGGCUCACAUGCUGCAAGUGAACACAAAUCUUAAGUGAUCUUUUUUAUUUGUUUAACUGCUAUAAUAAAUGUAAAAGAUUAUAUUUUUAUAAAGUGUCGGUGUUAUGGUCACGUGGURAGGUCAAGUUUAGCGGGAAAGAAAACAUGGCGAGCGAAGUAGCAGAUAGCGUUGCGGAGCCAGUACAAUGUCCCGUUUGUUUUAAGGAUUUCGCGGCGUCAGAAAUCAAUGCCCAUCUGGACAGAUGUUUGUUAAACAAUGACAGUUGUCCAACAUCAACCAGUAAAGACGMGAACGGACCACCUCUCAAGAAACCUCGCAUUUCUAGCGAAGCGUCCAGUACAACAGUUAACACGACAGACUCGUCGGAGGCGAGGAAAGGUACCACGCCGCCCUCUCCGGUUUUCAGUAUGUUUCAGACCAACAGAAAUAAGGGUCCAGUUCAAAGUGAACGAAAUGCAUCUUUAUCGAAUAAACCGAUUGCCAGCACUGCUGUCAGUAAAGGAAUUAAACGUCAUUCACCUGACGAGAUGGAGGCAGGUAAGGCGAUGGGACAGUUUGGCAUCGACCCCCCUAUAUCGAACACACUGAUAAAGACCCCGCGUGAUACAACACCUGUGCGCGCUCUGCUGAAUAUCGAUAAGCCGCUGGCGGAGAAACUGCGACCAACCACGCUAGAGGAAUAUUUCGGCCAAAACAAAGUAGUAGGAAAACACACCCUUCUCAGGUCGCUGUUGGAUUCUCAGGAGAUACCGUCAUUGAUCCUAUGGGGACCACCAGGAUGUGGGAAGACCACCCUGGCCCACAUCAUAGCCAGCGACAGUAAGAAGAGGGGCACGGCCCGCUUCGUUUCUCUCUCUGCCACCAGCACAUCCACCAAUGAGGUGCGAGAGGUCAUUAAGCAGGCCCAGAAUGAGUUAAAACUGAUGAAGAGGAAGACCAUCCUCUUUAUAGAUGAGAUCCAUCGCUUCAACAAGUCACAACAGGAUACCUUCCUCCCUCAUGUGGAGUGUGGGACAGUGACUCUGAUUGGGGCAACCACGGAGAACCCUUCGUUCCAGGUGAACGCGGCUCUGCUUAGCAGGUGCAGGGUCCUGGUUCUGGACAAGCUGUCUGUGGAGGCAAUGGGGUUGAUCCUGCUCAGGGCCGUCGCUACGCUGGGGAUCAGUGUACUGGGAGAAGAUCUCAACGACCGCAUAGAUCAAGACGAGUUAGACUCAACCGAGCUUAGAUCAGAACCAAAGGUCUAUAUUGAGCAGAAGGCUCUGGACACCAUAGCCCACCUGUGUGACGGCGACGCCCGGGCGGGGCUCAACGGGCUCCAGCUGGCUGUCCAGGCCCGGGUGGGUGCAGCCCGUCCUGGCCAAUCAGGAUCUGGCAGUACCCCACAUGACAUUGUGGUGCAGGAGGAGCAUGUGAAGGAGGGCCUUCAGAGGUCCCAUAUCCUCUACGACAAAGCAGGUGAGGAGCACUAUAACUGCAUCUCAGCACUGCACAAAUCAAUGAGGGGCUCCCACGAGAACGCUUCCCUCUACUGGCUGGGCCGCAUGCUGGAGGGAGGAGAGGACCCCCUGUACGUGGCUCGCAGACUAGUCCGCUUCUCUAGUGAAGACGUGGGUAUGGCAGAUCCCUCUGCCCUUCCUCAGGCUGUAUCUGCCUUCCAGGCCUGCCAUUUCAUCGGGAUGCCAGAGUGUGAGGUGAUCUUGGCUCAGUGUGUGGUGUACCUGGCCAGGGCUCCUAAGUCGGUAGAAAUCUACAAGGCGUACGGUAACGUGAAGGCCAGUCUGAGGAACCAUAAGGGCCCCCUACCCUCUGUUCCCCUGCACCUUCGCAACGCCCCCACCAAGCUCAUGAAGGACCUGGGCUACGCUGAGGGCUACAAGUACAACCCUGCCUUCAGUGCCCCUGUGGAGCAGGACUACCUGCCUGAGGAGCUCCGGGGAAUGGACUUCUUCACCUGGAACCCCUCUGACCUAUAACCUUUGACCUUUGAGGUUGACCCAUGACCUCUGGCAUCUGAGGUCAAGGUUACUGUGAGGGUUAUAAUGCUAAAGAUCCAUUUUUGUGCUAUGAGGACCUCUGAAAAUGCUGCUGGAUCUAACACGAAUAGAACACUUAUGCAUAAGACCAAUUUUGAGUUAAAUGAUGUUAUCACUUUGUUAAAUAAAUGUAAUCUUGUAUUGUAGAUUGUUACCAUUAAGUUGAUAUAAUUUGUCCAAUAGACUGUUAUAAAUAAACAGAGGGACAGUAA